AUGAUGAAUUUUAUUCGUCGAAUUAAACAAAAGAUAAAAGAAUUGAAUUUCUUUGAAUUGGAAAUAAUUCGUUUAGAAAAUUUUGAUCAACACAAAGCAAUCAUAGCGACAAGAAUUUAUAUUAUACUUUUUACAAUACUCUUAACAAUUCUUAUCAUUUAUUCGGCAUCUCAAGGUCAAAAUCGUACUAUAACUAUUCAAAAUCCAUCAGAAUUCAAUUUUAAAACUCUUCUUAAACAAUAUCCAAAUACAUUAAUAUGUCCAUGUCAACAAAUAACAAUUCCAUAUGAAUUAUUUCUCAAUAUAAUAAUUGAUUAUCAUCCAAUAUGUUCAAGUAUAUUUGUCAGUAAUGAUUGGAUUAAUCUUUUAUAUAAUUAUAAUAUAAGUUAUUAUUAUCCACUUGAUUUUCGUUCAUCAUCUUUGGGACAAUUUCAAAUUCUUUCAUCAUUAUGUUCACUUUCACAACAAUUUCUCAAUGAACAAAUUCAAGAUUUAUUAUCUGAUGCUUUUCUUUCACCGGUUGUUCUUUCGUUGAAUUUACUUGAUGGUCAAAGUCAAUCACGAAGUUCAUUUAUUCGAACAUCUGCAAGUAAUACUUUUCUUCAAUCAUUAGAAUUGAUUCGUAGAACAACUUAUGCUGAAACAUUACAAAAUGCUUUACAAACUUCAAUAAGUCGCAUAAUGUUUGUGGAUUCUAAUGAAUUAAUAAAAUCAAUUUUAUUUUCGGCAUAUUUUUCUAAUCAAAAUGACACAAUCUGCUCUUGUGACACACAAUCGACUUGUUCAUCAUCAGUUUCGGGUUUCUUUGAUUUAUUAGCUUAUGAAACUGAUCCUACGGGUGAUUAUACAUCAUCACAAUCAUUACUAUUGAAAAUACCAGGAUUUGUUGUUGGUUGUUAUCCACUUGAGUCACUUUUUCAAUCAUCACUUCAAUGUUUCUUUGAUUUACAAUGUUUCAAUCUUAUAAUGAAUUUCUUUCCUCAUAAAAAUACGAUCAAUAUUACCUAUUUAAAUAGAAAUCAAACAAAAUAUUCAAUUGAUACACUUGUCAGUACACUUGUUGGCAAUUUAUUUAUUGAAAAAUGGACAAUUAACUAUUCAUUUAGUAAUUAUUACAAUAUAUGUGCACCACUUUCAUGUACAUAUACAUUUAUUCAAUAUGGUAAUAUAUUUUAUGUUAUAACACAAAUUUUAGGGUUUUAUGGUGGAUUAGUUAUAGUACUUCGUUUUCUUAUACCUCAAAUACUCUUGAAAUUUAGCAGAUGUGCUCACAUUAAUGAAUCAGUACAAAAUACUCAAAUUCGAUUGAUGACCCGUCUUUCAAUCUUAUACCAUUCAACUGUUGAUAAACUAAAACGAUUGAAUUUAUUUAAAAAAUUUGAUACUAUACAUGAUGAUCCUUAUGAAUUGCAAACAUCACGAAUAGCAACUCGUAUUUAUAUUAUUCUCUUUUCUUUAAUAAUGUGUAUUUUAAUGAUUUAUGUAUUCGUAAAUACUCGUACUCAGACAUUCACUAUUUUACAACCAUCAAAGAACACAUUUGAAGAUUUAUCUAUGAAAUAUUCAAGUCAAGUUAAAUGUCCAUGUAAACAAUCAUUUAUUUUAUAUGAAAACUUCUUGUCUUUAUCACCCGAAUAUCAUCCAGUUUGUUCAAGUUUAUUCAUCUCGUCUGCUUGGUUAGCUUCAUUGUCGGAUUUGAAUUGGCCAAAUCAAUAUUUUAUCGUUAAUGAUUUUCGAGUAACUGGUCGAGUUAUUUUCAAAGUGCUUGAAAUCUUAUGUUCAUAUGCUGAAAUAAUAAUAAGAAAUUCUUGGUUAAAUUUCAAACAAUCUUUAUAUAUUACAGAAAUCGUAUUAUCUAAAAGUGAAAUGAUUGAACAAAUUCAAAGAAUAUUCAAUCAAUUUCAAUUGGAUACUAUUGCUAAUUUUAAACAAAAUCUCGAUAUGAUUCGAUUAUACAUAAUGAAUACAGAGAGUACUUCCAUGGAAAAUUCAGACGAUAUUUCUAAUCAAUUAUUGAAUACUACGGAUUCUUAUAUUAAUCUUCAUUAUUCUUCAAUAAAUUGGGGAAAUUGUUCUUGUGCAUUAAAUGAUGAUUGUAUUUCUCCAAUAGGAUUCUAUGAAUAUCCGAAUUCACCUUUUGGUUAUCCAGCAAAUCUUUUAUUUAAUGUUCCAGGAUUCUUUUCGGGUUGUUUUGCAAUUCGAUCAGUUCUUCAAUCAUCACUUGAAUGUUUCUAUAAUGAAAUUUGUUUAAAUACAAUUCAAACAACGAUUCGGUCUAAUCGAUCGAUUGUCAUAGUCAAUCUCAAUCAAAGUCAAACUCGAUAUUUACCAAAUUCAUCAAUCGAAUUGAUAUUUAACGAAUUAAUGCUUGAAAAAUGGGGUGAAGAAAUAAAUUACGAUGGUUAUUAUGAUCAAUGUGCUCCUAUAUCUUGUAUUUAUACAACUACAAAACACAAUGCUGUUUCAUAUAUGAUUACAUUUCUCAUGGCAUUAUUUGGCGGUGUUUCUAUAACAUUAAAAAUUCUUGUUUCAUUCAUUGUUCGUUGGAUACGCAAUCGAUCUCGACCAAAUCUUAAUACAUCAAAUGUUAGAGAACAUAAUCUCCUUCAAUUAUUAAAUCAAUUGAAGAAAAAACUUGUAGAAUAUAAUAUAUUUGAAAGUGAAAUCUCAUGGCAAAAGAAACAACAUCGUCAAAAAGAAAUUCGAAUUACUCGUAUUUAUUUUCUUCUUCUAGUAUUUAAUGUGAUUAUUCUCAUUAUUUUUACUUCUUUAUCAAUUCAAACCAAUUCAAUUACAGUUGAUUAUCCAACUCAAACAAUAUUCAAUAAACUUCGAUUAGAUUCUCGAAUCUCAUCAACAUUAGAAUGUUCUUGUCAACAAAUAACAAUUCCAUACAAUUCAUUUGUUUCAAUUGAUAUUCAUUUUCAUCAACUUUGUUCAAGUGAUUUUACCGAUGUCAAUUCCAAUUGGACAAAUGUUCUUUAUUCAUAUGGAAUCGAUGAUGAACAUCCAUAUGAUGAUUAUCGUUUAUUUGCUUUACCACAAUUUCGUACAUUAUUUUUAUUAUGUAAUGUUGUUAAAACAACUGUAAUGAAUAAUUUAAUUCGAUUUUAUUCGAAAACUUUGAUUAGUAAACAAAUUCAAUCGAAAGAUGUUAUUCAAUAUCAAACUGAAAAUGCAAUUACACGAUUUCGUUCAACAAUAUGUAAAACAUUUGUUUUAACACUUGAUUUGAUUCGAGAAAUGGGUCAAGGAAAUGGAAUUCUUGCAUCAAUUCAAUCGAAUUGGUAUUUUCAAACGCUAAGAAAAGAAGAUUUAGCAUUUUUAUGGGCCAAACCACGUUCAUAUGGAAAUGAAAAGAAUUGUUCUUGUGCAACAAAUUCUAUGUGUAAUUCAUUAGCAAAGAUUGACAACUCGUCAAUACCUGGUUUUCGAAUUGGUUGUUAUAUCAUUGAUUCACUUCUUCAAUCAACUUUAGAAUGUCUUUAUGAUAUUAAUUGUAUUAAUUUAUUGAAAUCUUUUUAUUCUUUUCAAGAUGUUUUUGUUUCACCAUUGAAUUCGAAUCUUUCUUUUUCAAACGAAACUGUUCAAAAUCUUGUUAAUCGUUUAUUGAUUGAGGAAUGGAAAUUCAAUAUCUCUUAUGACAAUUAUUAUCGUACUUGUUCACCUCGUUCAUGCCGAUACUCCAUUGAAGAACGUGCUGAUAUAUUGUAUAUUUUAAUAGCAAUCAUUGGCUUUUAUGGUGGAUUAACUGUUGCAUUGAAAAUUAUUUCUCCUCUAUUUAUGAAUACUGGCUUGUAUUUAUUUCGACAUUUUCGAAAUAGGAUUAGUCCUGGACAUCCGCCUUCUUCAUAA